AGCAGAGAGAAAAGGGCGGGACUUGGGCUGCUGUUGCAGGGUUGUGCCUGUCACUCACAGUUGUGAUCACUUCCUGUGGAAGAGACGGAGAAGUCGCGAGCCUGAUUUCAGCCUAGAUAAGUGGGCAGAGCGUGCCUCUAUACAGACAUCGUGAGGUUGACAGAUUUUAAGUACCAAAAUGGCAGAAGCCCACCAGGCUGUGGCAUUUCAGUUUACAGUUACUCCUGAAGGUAUUGACCUCCGUCUGAGUCAUGAAGCACUGAAACAGGUCUACCUCUCAGGGUUACGUUCAUGGAAGAAGAAAUUUGCCCGGAUAAAGAAUAGCUUUAUCACUGGAGUUUACCCUGCCAGCCCAUCGAGCUGGUUUUUUGUCGUUAUUGCUAUCAUGGGCACCUUGUUUGCUCGUGUUGACCCAUCCAUGGGAAUGAUAGAAAAGAUAAAAGAACAUCUGCCUGUAAGUAGUUAUCUGUCUCAUCAGGGCCAGAGCAUUUUAAGUGCCCUCCUAUUUUCUACUGGACUUUGGUUUGCACUUAUUAUGACCAUGAGGUUUAUUCUUAAACAACUCUUAUCGUACCAUGGAUGGAUGUAUGAGCAACACGGCAAGGUGUCAGCCAAAACUAAGUUAUGGUUUGCUUUGGUAAAGAUUUUUUCUGGCCGCGAUCCAAUGCUAUACAGCUACCAAGCAGUACUGCCACAUCUUCCUGUUCCAGGAAUUAAAGAUACAGUGCAGCGGUACUUGGACUCUGUUAGACCACUGAUGAGUGACGAAGAGUUCAAACGAAUGACCGCUCUUGCAAAGGAUUUUGAAGGGAGCUUGGCUCCAAGAUUGCAGUGGUAUCUGAAGAUAAAAUCCUGGUGGGCCUCCAACUAUGUGAGUGAUUGGUGGGAAGAUUAUAUUUACCUUCGUGGAAGAGGACCCAUAAUGGUGAACAGCAAUUAUUAUGCAAUGGACUUUUUGUACGUUACUCCUACUCCAAUUCAAGCGGCACGUGCAGCGAACACUGUUCAUGCUAUCCUAUUGUACCGACGCAAACUCACUCGUGAAGAGCUGAAGCCGCUGAUGAUCCAAGAUUGUUUGCCAAUGUGCUCAGCUCAAUACGAGCACAUGUUUAACACAUGUCGCAUCCCUGGAGUGGAUACAGACACUAUCCAGCACUAUGCAGACAGCAAGCACAUAGUGGUGUAUCAUAAGGGUCGCUUCUUUAGAGUCUGGGUGUACCAUGGAGGACGCCUCCUGAAUCCUAAAGAGCUAGAGCUCCAGUUCCAGCAUAUCCUAAAUGACCCGAGCCCACCUCAGCCUGGAGAGGAGAAGCUGGCUGCAUUAACUGCUGGAGAAAGAACUGCUUGGGCCAAGGCUCGUAAAACCUAUUUCAGGAGUGGGAAGAACUUACAGGCUUUGGAUCUAGUAGAAAGAGCAGUUUUCUUUGUCACUUUACAAGACGAUGAGGAAGGAUUAAGGACGGAAGAUCCAGUGAAUUCUCUAGAUGCUUAUGCCAAAUCCCUUCUGCAUGGGAAAUGCUACGACAGGUGGUUUGAUAAGUCCUUUACUUUUAUUGUCUUCAAGAAUGGGAAAAUAGGACUGAAUGCUGAGCAUUCCUGGGCAGAUGCACCCGUUGUUGGACAUAUGUGGGAGUUUGUGUUGGCUACUGACUGCUUUCAGCUUGGAUACAAUGAGGAAGGAAACUGCAAGGGCCAAGCGGAUUCCAACUUACCUGUACCCCAAAGGCUCCAGUGGGAAAUCUCUGAGGAGUGCCAAGAAGUCAUUGAGAGCUCCCUGACCAUUGCAAAAGCCUUGGCAGACGAUGUUGAUUUCCACACAUUUCCCUUCAAGGAGUUUGGUAAAGGCUUAAUAAAAAAGUGCAGGACCAGCCCUGAUGCCUUCAUUCAAAUUGCUCUGCAACUUGCACACUAUAGGGACAAGGGAAAGUUCUGUCUAACCUACGAAGCAUCCAUGACCCGACUUUUCCGAGAAGGAAGGACAGAAACAGUGCGCUCCUGUACGGUGGAAUCAUCUGAUUUUGCAAAGGCAAUGAUGAAUCCAUCUCAAAGUAAUGAGGAAAGGUUAAAGCUCUUUCGACUCGCAGCUGAGAAACAUCAGAUGCUUUACCGUCAGGCCAUGACCGGAGGUGGAAUUGAUAGACAUCUUUUCUGUCUGUAUGUUGUAUCAAAGUACCUUGGGGUGGACUCACCUUUCCUGAAAGAGGUACUCUCCGAACCCUGGCGCCUCUCAACUAGUCAGACCCCUAUUCAACAAGUGGAACUGUUUGACUUAGUAAACCACCCAGAGUAUGUGUCAUGUGGCGGUGGCUUUGGACCGGUGGCUGAUGAUGGAUAUGGAGUCUCCUACAUUAUUGUUGGUGAAAAUCUUAUCAAUUUCCAUAUAUCCGGCAAAUUCUCCAGCCAUGAAACGGAUUCUCACCGGUUUGGAAAACACAUUAAGGAAUCACUCCUUGACAUUUUAGCCUUGUUUAAGCUGGACUGAUUCUCUAACUCUUUCCAGUUCACCUACAAUAAAGCAUCUGUGGAAAAACUCCUGGAACUGGAAGCAAUACAAACGUAAAUCCAAAGCAAAUACAGGGACCAUUUAGUUGUUUUCUUUAGCCUGAAAGGCACACACGAAGCAAACUAUACUGCAUGAACAGCACUGCCUCACACGAGCAAAACACGCACAUACAGUACUUUCAUGAAUGUAGACGUACAAUCAGAAGAGACCAAUCAAAUACCUAACGUUAUGCCGGGGACUAUUUAAAACUCGUGUGCUGGGAAAUGUUUUACAAAAUGUCCGAACCAUUGCCACAAAGGCACCUGGGAACUGUUCUAAUACAGCUGAACACUUUUUCAGGAAUAUAUAUCAAGAAUGUCCAACCUGUGACCAUUUUGCCUCCCCAACACUUAAAGGGGAACUGUCGUGAAAAUGAAAAUUUAAUGGAAGCUUCCUCACACUUUAGAAACUUUCUAAAUACAAUCAAUUACAAAUACUCCAUAGUUUUUGAAAUA